UUAGUAAACGAUCAGCAACGACAAAGUUAAGAUUUCAUAAUAAGAAACUUUCAAGCAGUGAAGAAAAAUUAAACGGUGCACUAUUUCAUUUAACUGAAACAAUUAAGUAAAGUUGCUUUAAGAUUAACCUCAUUAUGAAGAAAAUCAUCUUGAUAGCAUUAUUAAUAAGCGUAGCAGUGUCCGCAAGUACUGAAACCGGCAGCAAUAAUGCUAAUAAACAUGAGCAUGCUAACGAUAAACAUUUGAAAGCUGCUCAAGAAGGUCAUAAAAAGCAUAACGGACAAGAAUUGAUGCCUGAUGAAACUCCAGAAAAUAAUGACCAGGCUGAGAAGCCAAUACCAGCCGUGACUAAUAAUAAUUCUCUCACUAAUGGUAAACGAGGUCGCAGGCAACGUAUCAAUCAUCAGCAUGGUAAAGGUAAACGUAUUAACAACGGUAAUAACGGCAGUGCACACAUUCACACACAAUCGGACUCAAAUGCUAAUAAAAGCGCUCGCAAACACGCCAGAUCGAAAUCCCAUUCAACUGUGGAUAGCGAAAGACUUUCGAAACAGCAUCGUAAACAGGGGCGUGGUAAACAAGCAAACUAAAUUUUUAAAAAUAAAAACUUUCAAUGCAAAGAACACAAAUAUCUGCAUAUGUUAAGCGUGUAUACAUUAGGUAAAAUUCUCCCUAUUUUUUAUCACACAAAAAUGAAUUUA